GUAUAAUCUUAAUUGAUUUUGAGAUCAUCUUGGCCGCCAGGCAUUCUGAUCAUCUUCAGCUGUUACAAAUAUUCCCAGAAUAUUGUAUUUACUAAACAGUUUUUAAGUUGAAGAAUCUGCGCUGUAAAAUUACCAGCACCAGAGUUGCCAGACGAAUACUGUAAUUUUGCUCCACAGCAGAGAUUUUCCUUACUGUGAAACCUAUUACUGUAUUCCUACUGUAAAUUUGGGCACAUGAUUCCAUGGCAGAAUCUAUUGGAUGAGUCAUGGUUGAAAGAGGGAAUAAGCCCACUGAAUCUGAAGCCGUAUCUUAGAGCAAUAACAAUGAGGAAGAUAUGUUGAUCUCUGCAUUCGGGACUAAGAACAGGAGAAAGUCCUUUAGAGAAACGAGUUGACCUUUUGAACCCUGUUUUGUAUGUGCUGACACUCGCUUGUUAUGGAGGAAUUAGGAGCUCCUGGCUUGCUGCUCGAUCAGUCCCUCAGCACAGCUCCCACUUUGGCUCCACCCAGCCCUCCUGACCCAGACGAGCCAGUGCUGCUCAUCGUGUGUGUAACCCUUGCUGUGGUUUUGGUGGUGGUUUUUCUGGGGAUCUACCAUGGCUUCCAACGCCACAGAAUGCUGUCUGGGAAUGAAUCCGGGGAUAGACACAGCCACAGCAGCCUGGUGCUGGCGGUCUACAUCAUCACCUUCCUGAUUGGACUCCCUGCCAAUGGUGUGGCCUUCUACACCUUUGGAAAGAAGGUGAGGCAGAAAGCCACGCCCAUCGACAUCCUGCUCCUCAACCUGACCGUCUCGGACCUCCUCUUUCUGCUCUUCCUGCCCUUCAAGAUGAAAGAGGCGGCGGACGACAAUGUAUGGAACAUGCCCGUCUUCCUGUGUCCAUUGACCAGCUUAGUCUUCUACGCCACCAUCUACAACAGCACCUUCUUUCUGACUGCCAUCAGCGUUGAACGCUACUUGGGGGUGGCCUUUCCCAUCAAGUACAAACUCAUAAGACGGUCUUUGUACACCACGGUGGCUAGCAUCGCCUUCUGGGUGAUCUCCAUGGCGCACGUCAGUAUCGUCUACAUCAUUCAAAAUUUAGUCGAUUCCAAUGCCACCCAGGAAGGGAACAUGUGUUACUCGAAUUUCACCCAGAUGCAGCUGCGGGUCCUGAUACCUGUCCGCCUGGAGCUCUUCCUGGUUCUAUUCUGUGUACCUUUCUUCAUCUGCUGCUUCUGCUACAUCAACUUCAUCCGAAUCCUCUCUCAGCUGCCCAGCAUCAACCCCAAGAAACGUCUGCGGGCCAUCGGUCUGUCGCUGGCCACCCUGCUGGUGUUCAUUGUCUGCUUCGCGCCCUACAACCUGUCACACUUAGUGGGCUUUGUUAACUGGGAGAGUCCCAAUUGGCGGAUGGCCGCACUCUUGUCCAGUACCAUCAACGCCAGCCUGGACCCCAUCAUCUUCUACUUCUCCUCGUCGGCCCUCAGGUGUACCUUCCACCUCUUCCUGAAGAACCUGUUGGAGAGGGUGCAGGGGUUGUACUUCUGGAGUAAGGCUCUCUACUGCCCUGUGUUGUUCUGCACCAGAACUCAGAAGGACAGCACACCAAGCUCCAAUGACAACAUGUGUCAAACUCAUUCCACAGAGGGCCAAGGUUCUGCAGGUUUACGGUGUACUUGAUUGAUGAAUUAAGGUCACUAAUUGGUAAAGAACUCCCCUCACCCGGUUGUCUAGGCCUUAAACAAAAACUUUCCGAUUCUAGCUCCUCCAUGGAAUGAGUUUAACACCCCUGUUAUAGUGUGUAGUCAAGCCAUAUGCUUCACUUGCUACUUGCUUGCUACAUAAGUUAGCUAAAUAUCAGCCUGUGCAAUGUGUUUAUUGUACUUAGGUUCUUAUGAAAAAGACUGAGGACUAUGCUAUCUGUCUUUAUAAGUAGCCUAUACAUGAAUCAGUUGUGGUCAAAUGACUGUUAUUCAUAUUCCAUUCACCCAGCUCAAUGUAACAUCGAUAGGUUUAGGUUACUACAUGAUACUGAAAUUGUACCUAUACCCAUCAUGAGGUUGCUACAACCUAGCCUAUGAAGGAAAGUUUACAACCUAGGUGCAUAGGUUGAGAGAAUUGUCACACAUUCAUUGCCGCCUUGCACACUCUUGCCUGCAUCUAGCUGACCUAUGUAGGGUGUAAUCAUUGGUCCAACAGUUGCAAAUUAGUGUCUAUUGGACAAAU